GCGGAGCGAACGGAAACGGCGGCGGGACCGGCCCGGCCGCAGGCGCCGGUAGCGACCGAGUCCGGGCCUCUCCCGGGCCCCAGGCGCCAUGGAGAGCCGUACCACCAUGGACUUCCAGGCGGCCGCGCUCCCCGACCCCGGUGGCGGCAGCGAUGAGACCGCGGAGCCGCGGGCCAUGGACACGGAGGACGGGCCGGAUGCCCUUGGGCGCUGUGCAGGGGGCGGGCGGUCGGAGGAGCCCUCCCGUUCCGCCCCGCAGCCCGGCAGUGGCUCCAGGCUGGAGGGGUCGGGAGCCGCCGCAGCCCCGGAGCUCGCGGGAGGCGCGGGCGGACGGACCGAGCUGUGCCGGGGCUCGGGAAGAGCGAUGGAAGCGGAGACGGCGCCCGAGGUGCCGCAGGGCUCUGCCCGCUGGGAGCUCGGCGCCGGGAGCGCCCCUCGGGGCACGGGCCGCCCCCGGACCCCCAGCAGCACCGACCCCGCGGGCAUGGAGCUGGAUGAGACCCCCGAGCCCCACGCCUGCCCGGGCAGCGCCGAGUGGACCGAGGAUGUGGAGGACGAACCCUCGGAGAUCCAAGGGCUGCUGGCUCAGCUCGAGACCCUCGACCCCAACCUCCGCGACCGCUCCUCCGCCCCAGAGCAGGGUUCGCCGUCCUCCUCGGGCGCUGGUGCCCGGCGGGGCCGCGGGCAGUGCCCGGGCAAGUGCCGGCCGUGCCCGCUGCAUGUGGCCACGGGUCGGGGCCUGGCGAUGCGUCCCUGCUGCCCCCAGCACUCUGCCUGCGACCGGCCCUGCCACGGGCUGCUCUUUGCCGAGGCUGACCGGGAGGACUUGCUGAGCCUCCUGGGCUAUGAGGGGGGGUUACCUGAGGCUGGUGCCGAGACCUCCUUGGCCUGCUCCGAUGUCCUGGCUGGGACCAACUUGAAGAUGCUGCAGGCUCAGGAGGAGCCAGCCACUGUGGAGAAGCCUGAAGGGUUGGGGAGGCCAGAGAGCUUUGAGGAAAAGCCUGACAGUUGGUGUUAUGGAGGGGGGCUUUGCGAGGACGAUUCUGCCUGCGAGGGUCCUCGGGAAGGUUCCCCAGAGCCGGCAUGGGCAGCCCUGCCUUCUGCUCUGACCCCUGGGACAGAGCAACCACCUCAGGGCCCUGUAACUGUGAGUGCACUGUGCCUUGGGCUGCAAUGGGGCAGCAGCAGCCAGGACAUGCCCCUUGGCUCUGAUCCCUCCUGGGGUCUGGGAUGGGGGCAAAGGAGAACCAGGGAUGACUUUCCUCAGGUCUUACAGGGCCUUGUGCUACAAGAUUGCCCAGACAGGACCCUCAGUACCAACUUUGGCCCUAAAUGCAUGUUUGGAUGGCUGGCUGAUUCAUGUGUGCCCUGGUGCAGAGGCUGUGGGUCCAAACAGCCCCUCUGUUCCUGGGAUCCUGUGCCAUCCUCCCAUCCAGCCCCAGGACCUGGCACUAGCACCCUCACAGGCCUAAGAUCUUGUUCCUCUAUGUCCAGCCCUGGGACCCUGUGCCGUUUCCCCCAUCCCCAGGGACAUUCUGCCCUUGCUGUCCCAGUGCUCCAGGGCCAGGCAGGCUGCAUCCCUGAGGUACCAGCCACAGCCUCACUUGCUCUCUCAUUGCUUUGCAGAACAGGGAAUCCCCAUCAUCCUGCACAGCCUUCAAAGAGGGCACCCGAGGGGGAGUCCCAGCCCAUGACGGAGGUGGAUCUGUUUGUUUCCACACAGAGGAUCAAGGUGCUCACCGCUGACACUCAGGAGGCCAUGAUGGAUCACUCCCUUCAGACCAUCUCCUACAUUGCUGACAUCGGCUCCCUCGUGGUGCUCAUGGCACGCCGGAAGCUGCCGCGGCGCUCGGAGGUGGCGGAGGAGAAGCGGCUCUACAAGAUGAUCUGCCACGUCUUCCACUCGGCUGAUGCCCAGGUCAUCGCCCGGGCCAUUGGGCAGGCAUUUGGUGUGGCCUACCAGCGCUUCCUGGAGGCCAACAGCAUCGACCCGAGCGAGCUGAGCCCACGCCAGUACAGCCGUGCCUUGGAGGACCAGGAGCAGUACAACGCAGAGCUGACCCACUUCUCCCGGCAGGAGAACUGCAAGGACGUGUGCAUUCAGAAGCAGAAGGGGGAGAUCUUGGGUAUUGCCAUUGUGGAGUCGGGCUGGGGCUCCAUCCUGCCCACCGUGGUCAUCGCCAACCUGAUGCACGGGGGCCCUGCGGAGCGGUCGGGCGAGCUGAGCAUUGGGGACCGCCUCAUGUCAGUCAACGGGACCAGCCUGGUGGGGCUGCCCCUGGCCACCUGCCAGAGCAUCAUCCGGGUGAGCCAGAGCAGGGAACUGAAGCACCAGACCGAGGUGACACUGAACAUUGUGCACUGUCCCCCUGUCACCACAGCUGUCAUCCGACGCCCCGACUCCAAGUACCAGCUGGGCUUCUGUGUUGAGAACGGUGUGAUCUGCAGCCUGAUGCGUGGGGGCAUCGCGGAGCGGGGUGGCAUCCGCGUGGGGCACCGCAUCAUUGAGAUCAACGGGCAGAGCGUGGUGGCCAUGUCUCACGAGAAGAUCAUCCAGAUCCUCACCGAGGCGGUCAGUGAGGUACACAUCAAGACCAUGCCUGCCUCCACCUACCGUCUGCUGACGGGGCAAGAGCAGCCCGUCUUCCUCUGAGCCGCGAUGCCUGGGGCAGGCAGGAGCAAGCCCAGGACUGCAGAGGGGCAGGACUGGCUCUGCCUUCUGCCCCAGCCCUGCAUCAGAGCCCUCAGCAGGGUCUAAAUCUGCACCUCCUUUGUUUUUACUCAGGACACAGUGGGACAAUACCCAGCCUGAGCAGCGUCAGGGCCUGUGGUGCCAUGCUUUGGGCACCUCUAUUCCUCCAGUCACCUCUGCCCACCUCACAGUGCCUGCACAGUGCCUGUUCUGCUGCUGCACAGGGUCCCUUGCCAUUGUGCUAGUGGGAGCAGAGGGGGCCCUAUGUGAAAGUGCCUCCCAGCCAGUCCCUGACUGUUGUACUUUUACACUCACCAACGGUGCCUUUCCCGAGAUGGGGAUGGUGCACGCAGCUCAACUCCAGAGCUCAGCCAGUACAGCCCCAGAGCAGCACUAACCCUGCAAAACCGUGUGUGGGUGCACACUGGCACCCCUGAGGGAUACCCAGCAGCUCUCAGACUCAGCCUUAAGGGCAGAAGCACUCUUGGCACCUUGUCUUCUCCCGUGGCUUGGCCAGAGGCCUGUUGGGGUGCAAACUGUCCACUAGACACAUUCCACCAAGCUGGGAACCUGCCUGAGCUUUUCCCUGCUGCUGCCUUGCAUUGCUCUGCAUGCACAGCCCAGCCCAGAGCCACAACCCUUUGAGCAGCAAAAGGGAAGAAAUAUGGCAUUGCCCAGCCCCACAUCCUGGGAGCUUGGGGCUGUGAGCCUUUUUGUGAGCAGCUCUCUGGGCUCCCAGAGCUGCAGCAGUGCUGACCUGGCUGUGCCUGUGUGCUUGGUUGCUCUAAAAAUAAAAAUUUUUGGAAAUA